UGCACGUGUUGCAACUUUCCAAAAACGGUCGUCACAGCGUUUUUAAUCUUAAUCGAAAAACAACAACUCUUAGCUAAUGACACUUAAACGGUGUAUUUGUCAGAUGACUGCAAAAAUUUAUCUUUACUUGUUCCCAAAUGUGGACUAGCCGCUCUUGAGAUAGUCAAAAUGAGUCGGACAUGGUCAAAAUGAGUCGUUGUAUUCCGUUGUCGAUCCCAAAAUUAAGCGGAUGAAUGGUUUAGCUCGCUGUUAGUGUUGUGGAUUGGAUAUACCUACCUAUGCGGCUGUGCCUUAAUUUUAAGGAACCAUUAACUUUAUAUUUAUUAUGCAUGAUAUUAGACCAACAAGUACUUGUGUUGGAUAUAAUGACGUAUACGUAAAAGUUCUGGCAGUGAUUGUGAAUGGAGAGCCCCAAGCCGCGUCCCAGCGACCCCAGCGGCGCAGUUCCUCCGCGACGUCCCUCGUCGGCCAGCGGCGGCCCGGCGCAGCUUCCCUCCGCACCGCAUCCCUCCGUCCACACCGUCCCGCUGACCCUUCCAUACGGCUCCAACGGGCACACUCCCAGCCGACUGGAGCACAUCGAUGACCAUUAUUCCAUGAUCUUCCGGCGGAAGUACGAACGCCUCGACUGGCGCAAACUGGCGGCGCUGGAUCUAGAGAAGGUCUACAAGUCGCAGGAUGUCAGGAGUCUCCAGGAGAAUCUCACUCAGCUGGCCUUUUUCGAUCUCGAGGAAGAACUGAGAUCGGUGGAGAUACAUCCGCAGUUCGUAAAACUCUUCCAAACCAUGCAGCUGUCGCUGGAAUACCUUCUUUACGUGCAAGACCGUUUGCAGCGUGACCUUUCCACUCUCUCCACCUCCACCACCACUCUGAUUGAGGAAAAAGACACUGCCAUCAGCAGUCUGACUACCGAGGUAUGCCAGUUGCGACAAACACUGGACACCAGCCGUGACGAGUUGAAGAAGCGCCGCAAAUUGAUGAUCGCCCAACAGGAGAUCAUCAACAGUGCCGCCAAGGGCAGCUACCACAAAUGUCCAGUGUGCGACAAAGCCUUCAUCGAACGCAAAUACUUGGAGACACACUUCUGCCGGCGGCAUCCCAACGAUGACCUUUCCAAAUACUCGGCCAGUGUGCCACAGUCCACCAACGCCUGUCGCCCGGAAGAGCAGAGCGUCGUGUUGGAGAAGUUGCAGACGCUGUUGCAGGAGGUGCAGCGGGUGGCGGAGUGUCGACGGGAGGAUCGAACCGGUACGGAGCUCACGGCACAGGUAGAGCAGCGGCGCGAUAGUCAGGAACGGACGAGUGUAGCCAUGGUUAGGGAUGAACGGAAGAGUGUAAUGCGGGACGCGGCGUGUAGUGAAGAGCGGAAGAGUGGGCCGCCACAGCAGCAGCGCUCUAGUCAAAACGAACAGACCAUCUUCGGCCUUCCCAGUGGCGUGGCCCAUUUGGUGGUCCGCGAGUCGGCGCAAACCAGCAUCGGUGCCGAUACACGGGACGCUUGUGUAUUUGACAACGACACCGAAUCCACGCCGGAACCACUCCUUCCGAAACCGUCUCCUCCCGCUCAGAAUCUCUUAGAGUUGUACGGUCGCCAACAGGCCGAAGUAGAGCACCUACGCAAAUCCCUCACCGCGCUCCAGUGCCACUAUGCCGAAUCCGAGAAAGCCUUAAGCGAGCUCAAAUCGGAAUGGCAGAAACUGGUUGAAACCCGCACAAAAGACACUGACGACACCGUUGACACUGUCCACCGCCGUGUCACAGAUUUGGAAACGAAGUUGCGCUCGUCGGAAUCCGCGUGGCAGGUUCGGUUAAAUGAGACUCACGACGAGCAUCAAAACUCCUUAACCGAACUGGAGCGCAGUUGGAAGAAAAAAGCGGAGGAUGACGACAAAGCGCAUAAAGCGGAGAAACUGCGUCUGCAGAUGAUGAACGAGGAACAGGAGAAACGGAUUCAAGAACUGGAAAAGCGGAUUGCAGGGUUCACAGAGCGACCGGCCGGAGGGGGGUUGCAGGUACAACAGGUGCAAGUGCACAGUCGAGUGCGGAAGAAUCAGGGCAAUCUGACGCCGCGGCUGUCGGCAGCGGUACAGGCGCAUCCCGCUAUGCUGACUGAUCUCAAGUCAGAGUUGGAACGGGCGCUGGAUAAGAAGCUGGCGGAGUACGGCAUUCAGAAGGGCACAACGACUGUGUCUGAUCGCGAGCGGGAUGUAAUUUUUGGCCGGUUGCGCGAUGAACACAGUCAGCUGCAGAACAAGCUGGCGAAAUACGGGGCGGCGCGCAGCACCAUCGAGAACCAUAUCCGUGACCGGCCGCCGACGGAAUACUCCAGCACCGAACUCUUGGAUGCUGCCAGUAAGAUCCGCAUCCGAACACGAACUGGCCGUCAAGUGAUUGGCGAUGACAAGUCGCAAAAGAUCACGGAAAUCACCACCUACAACAUUACGCCCAUGCGCUCGCCGGACAUGUCUGCAGAGCGAAAUCAAACCACCCCAAAAGCUGCGUCAAGAAAAGUCCAUUUCGACGACAGUCCACAAACCGCUCAUUCGCCGCCGCGGUUGUCUGCGGCGUCGGAGAAAACUCCGGACAGCGAAGACCAUGUCAUACCAACGGAACUGUCCAAGCCGGUCAGCAACACUAAUAAUGCCGACGACGAAGCCUGGUUUACCGACGAAGAUUAAAUGCCGCCACACUCCAAGUGAUUGGCUGGCGUCGCAUAAAUAUAAGAUAACGAUUACAACCAACUGUUUUUGGACUGUCCUUUCUCCAGUAUUGCCUUUUCACUUUUCCUGGUUAGAUAAAGCAAAGUAGUAGUACUCAUGGAAGAUGUCAUGAAGUACAGUACUAGAUCAGUUUCCGAAGAAAUCCUACCCUGUUAUUUAGUCUGCGUGUGUUGGUUUGUUGGCGCCGCUGUUUGGCACCAACUAUGUUGUUUUUGUUUUAAGUUAUCAGGUUUUCAUAUUUGAAUACUGCAGUAAAAUUAAAAAGUCAA